CAACAUGGCGGCGGGCCGGGAGUGCGCAUGAUCAGCUGUCCCUGGAGAUACCCGAGUCCGGAGAGGGAGAACACGGUCGGGGGAGAUCGGCGGCUGCGGCGGCUUUGGCCGGACUUAGCACUCAGGCCUGUGAGGCAGGAGAUACGAAGAUUUCCAGAGAAGGACCAGUUCCUCGGAUGUGCACCCUUACAGAGAGAUGAAGGGGCAGCAGAAAACAGCAGAAACCGAAGAGGGGACGGUGCAGAUUCAGGAAGGUGCAGUGGCAACUGGGGAGGACCCCACCAGUGUGGCUAUAGCUAGCAUCCAGUCAGCUGCCACUUUCCCUGACCCCAACGUCAAGUACGUCUUCCGAACUGAAAAUGGGGGCCAGGUGAUGUACAGGGUGAUCCAGGUGUCUGAAGGGCAGCUGGAUGGCCAGACUGAGGGGACUGGUGCCAUCAGUGGCUACCCUGCCACUCAAUCCAUGACCCAGGCGGUGAUCCAGGGUGCGUUCACGAGUGAUGAUGCAGUUGACACAGAGGGGACAGCUGCUGAGACGCACUAUACUUACUUCCCCAGCACUGCAGUGGGAGAUGGGGCAGGGGGUACCACAUCGGGGAGUACAGCAGCUGUUGUUACUACCCAGGGCUCAGAGGCACUACUGGGGCAGGCGACCCCUCCUGGCACUGGUCAGUUCUUUGUGAUGAUGUCACCACAGGAAGUGUUGCAGGGAGGAAGCCAGCGCUCUAUUGCCCCCAGGACCCACCCUUAUUCCCCGAAGUCAGAAGCUCCCCGGACAACUCGGGAUGAGAAACGCAGGGCUCAGCAUAAUGAAGUGGAGCGCCGCCGCCGAGACAAGAUUAACAACUGGAUCGUACAGCUGUCCAAGAUCAUCCCAGACUGCUCCAUGGAGAGCACCAAGUCUGGCCAGAGUAAAGGUGGAAUUCUAUCCAAAGCCUGUGAUUAUAUCCAGGAACUUCGGCAGAGUAACCACCGGUUGUCUGAAGAACUGCAGGGGCUUGACCAACUACAGCUGGACAACGAUGUGCUUCGACAGCAGGUAGAAGAUCUGAAGAACAAGAAUCUGCUGCUGCGAGCUCAGCUGCGGCACCACGGAGUAGAGGUUGUCAUCAAGAGUGACAGCAACUAACUGGGGACUCGGGCUCUAAGCUCUACAGCCCCUUUCCAAGAACUUCAGAUAGCCCAGGAGCCACAGGCCAAUAACCCCGUGCCCCUUUCCUUCACUGCCCACAUUUGGCAUGGGACUGGGGGGAGUUCAGAAGGCAUAUCUUUGAAUUAAGGCCCUGUGAUCUAGCAGCCUGCAGUGGUGUGAAACACACACAUGGGUGUGCACCGACAGUCUCGCCCAACCAGCCCUACCAUGCAGCCCCUGGGCCCUUGUGCUCCUCUUGCACAAUGCAUGUGCUGUCUCCAUGCUGGACACUGGACACUAAACUUGGGGGCUUGCCCCGUGCUUGCUUAAAGUGCCAGCAGAGGGUCUGCUGACAAGCAGUGUUCUGGCUUGCCCCAGGACUGGCGCUUCCCACUGGUUCUUCCUUUCCCUGGAGCUUGAAUGUGCUCCUCAGGACUCUGGGGAACAGGCUUUAGCAGGAAGUGGGGAUCAGAGGCUUAGCAGUGGCUGCUGCUCCAGGAAGAGGAGAUUGGCCAGCAAGCAGUUGAGGCCUAUGCAGGUUUCUGGCACCAGGGAGAACAGGAGGCAGGGCCCACUGGGGGCCUUACCCCGUUGUGGGGACGGUUUUUUUUUUUUUUUCUUUUUUUUUUUUUGUAAGAUAAA